AAAAACAGAUAAGUGUGUGUAUUUACGAAUUAUACAAAUUGCCUGAUUCAAAAACGUCUUCAGUCUCCAUGUUGUCGGAGGCGACCAAGUCUUUUUCCGAUAGAAACACAGACGUACUGAAUUCUGAAUAGAGCUAGACGAGGUAUCGCUGUCCAAUGGCCAGUUUGCUCAAAGGGUGUAAAAGCACAACGCUGCGACCAACGGCUUCCAGUUCUUGUUUUUUCAAUAAAACCCACGAUUGUGCUUUUUUCCGUACACCGGUCGUACAACAGGCGUCUAUUUUCGGAGGCGCGCGCAACUGCUUUACGGAGCUCAGGCGCGUUUCGUCCGUCCGGGCGCACUUGGUCCGCGCAGUUGCGAGGGCUGGAUAUGCGAAGCGUAUGUAUAGAGAGAGUGACGCCGCGAAUAAUUUUUUUUCAUGCACGACUCUGAGAUCUGCUAACGCGCGCGUGGAAAGGGUCGAAGAAGUCUGCUGAAGACGGAGAAGAUGACGCGGCGUCUAAGGAAUCGUCGCUAGAAAGGGUGAUAAAACAGAUCGAACAGACGUUUGGGAAGGGAACGGUCAUGAAGCUGGAAGCCUCGACCAAGCCUUUAGGACCUGAAGAUGUUAUUUCGACAGGUUCUCUCUCUUUGGAUCUUGCGCUCGGCAUAGGCGGUCUCCCUCGAGGUCGCAUUACGGAAAUUUUUGGUCCAGAAUCUUCAGGAAAGACGACGCUCGCUCUGCACUGUAUUGCGUCUGCUCAGGCCAAUGGAGGACAGUGCGUCUUUGUCGACGCCGAACACGCGUUGGACGUUAAUUGGGCGAGGAAGCUCGGCAUCAAAACAGAGACGUUGUUGGUGGCGCAGCCAGAUUCUGGGGAGCAAGCACUCGAAAUCGUAGACACGUUGGUCCAGACAGGUCAGAUAGACGUGAUUGUGCUCGAUAGCGUUGCCGCCCUCGUUCCCAGACUGGAAUUGGAAGGCGACAUGGGUUCGCUGCAGAUUGGAGCCCAGGCUCGUUUGAUGUCUCAGGCGAUGCGCAAAUUGGCAGGAUCGUUGAAAAAAAACAAGACUCUUUUAAUUUUUUUAAAUCAAAUCCGCAUGAAAGUCGGCGUUAUGUUCGGAAAUCCGGAAACGACUUCUGGAGGAAACGCUCUUAAAUACUAUGCUUCGAUACGACUCGACAUACGACGCACUGGCAGCGUCAAAAAGGGCGAUUUAAUCACCGCGAACCAAAUCCGGGUCAAGGUAGCCAAGAACAAGCUGGCACCGCCCUAUCGACAAGCGGAAUUCGACAUUGAAUUCGAUCGAGGGAUAUCUAAAGUUGGAGAGCUGGUGGAUUUAGGAAUUAAAACCGGAAUUUUGGAAAAGACCGGGUCUUGGUACGCUCUCGUGUCCGACGGGUCUCAACUAGGUCAAGGACGUGAAAAGGUGAAACAGCAUCUGCUGGAAAACCCGAGUGUAGCCACGGAGUUGGAAAAGAUGAUAAGAGAAAAGGUCAUUCAAGAAGAAGAAGAAACGGGCGGACUCAGCGCCGCCCUGUCGCCAGAAAUGGAAGUACCGUUUAUAGGCGAUGGCCACGACGACGAUGACAGCGCCUGUAAACAGGAAUGAGCACCGUGUUUCGAAAAACCGUUUUUAACCGUCACCCUAUCGCUUGUGUAUUUUUUUUAAUUGCAGGUUUCGUGAUUGCACGAGUGGGCGCCUUGGCGCAUCCAUCCGG